GAGGAUGAGAAGGAAAAGUUGUUGAGAAGUGGAAAAGAAGAAGCAGCUAUGACGUGGAGGAGCCCUCUGGCCCUGGUGAGGGAGGCUCUGAGAGGUCAAAGGGCGCGGGAGAAAGACCUCCGCAACUUUGCGUCCAAUCUGCCUUAUGAGGGCCUGGAGAAGGCGAAGCAACCCAAUCGCUUCUUCCCUGGCAACGCCAUCAAAACCACCAAAUACACCCUCCUCCUCUUCAUCCCCAUGAACCUCUUUGAGCAGUUUCACCGUCUGGCCAACAUCUACUUUGUUGGCCUGGCCAUCCUGAACUUUGUCCCUGUAGUGAACGCCUUCCAGCCAGAGGUAGCGCUGAUCCCCAUCUGUGUCAUCAUGACUCUGACGGCACUGAAGGACGCCUGGGAGGAUUUCAGGAGGUACCAGUCUGACAGGAAGCGCAACAACACGCCGUGCUUCAUAUACAGCAGGAGAGAGAAACAGUUUUCGGAGAGAAGCUGGAAGGAGGUGCAAGUGGGAGAUUUUGUGAAGGUGUUUUCCAAUGAGAUUGUCCCUGCAGACCUCCUGCUCCUAGACACAUCAGACCCCAACGGUGUGUGUCACAUAGAGACGUCCAACCUCGAUGGAGAGACCAACCUGAAGCCGAGGAGGACAGUGUCAGGCGUCUGCGUCUCGGAUCCAGAAUUUGAACCUGAAAGCUUCAACAGCGUUGUGGUGUGUGAAAGGCCCAACAACAAUCUGAAUCAUUUCAAGUGUUAUGUAGAGAAACCUGAUAAGGAGAAGGUGGGAGCAGGAAUAGAGAGUCUGCUGCUGCGAGGAUGCACAGUGAAGAACACGGACCACGCUGUUGGCUUCGUGGUGUAUGCAGGUCAGGAAACCAAGUCAAUGCUCAACAACAAUGGGCCAAGAUACAAGCGCAGCAAACUAGAGCGUAAGCUGAACAUAGACGUCAUCUUCUGCGUCAUUCUCCUCCUCUCCAUGUGUUUCGUCGGAUCAGUAGGUCACUUCUUAUGGCUGGAGGAGUUCCCGGAUGUGCCCCCUUAUCUGGUCCCAGACAGCAAUGGUCACCUGGACAGUCCCGGUCUGUCUGGCUUCUACAUGUUCUUUACCAUGAUCAUCCUGCUGCAGAUCCUGAUCCCUAUCUCCCUCUACGUGUCCAUAGAGUUGGUGAAGAUUGGUCAGAUCUUCUUCAUCACUAAUGAUGCAGAUCUGUACGAUGAGGAGACAGACAGCCGAGUACAGUGUAAGGCCCUGAAAAUCACGGAGGAUCUGGGACAGAUUGAAUACAUCUUCUCAGACAAGACUGGCACCCUCACUGAGAACAAGAUGGUGUUUCGUAGAUGCUCCAUUAUUGGCACCGAGUACCCACACAAAGAGAACGCGAUCCGCUUAGCUGUCCUUGAAGAGCCGGAGUCAGGGGAGGAGGUCAUCUUCAACCAGAGACCUCAACCCUCUCAGACGGGAUGGUCUCUGCACGCUGAGGACACCAACCCAGAAGAAAUGCAACAUCACCAUGACAACCGACGCAAGAGCCGGGUCACGGGAAGUGCCCCGAGCGAUGUGGCCUUCAGCAGUCCGCUGCCCUCAUGGUUCCAGUCCCGGCUGCAGAUGGCCGACCUGCUAGGUGUCAGUGAUAAGCACAUCAAUUUUGGCCCCAAGUAA